AUGGACGACGUCUCGACGCGGAUGGGCCCUGGGCCCGAGUUCUGCGACCUGCCCUGCGAGCUCCAGCUGCUGGUGCUCUCCUACCUGAGCCACGGCGAGCUUGUGCUCGUUGCGCGGGUCUCCAAGGCGCUGCGUCGCCUCGCCUACGACCCGUGCCUGUGGAGGACCGUGACGGUGCGCGAGGACAUGGACGACCGAUGGCUUCAGGGCGCCCUCGACCGCCUGUCGCAGCUGGAGGCACUGACCCUCCGCGGGUCGCCGCUCGUGCCCGCCUGGGCCGCGCAUGCGGCGCGCUUCCCCAGGCUCCGGCUGCUGGACGUGGGGUUCUCGCUGGACGUGAACGGCGCUGCGCUGUCCCACUUCGUGGAAAGCUGCCCGCUACUGUCGCACCUGAACGUGGAGGGGUGCAAGGGCGUGGACGACGCGGCCGUCGAAGCGCUCUGCCCGCUGGCGGGGCUGCUGAGCGUAAACAUGUCGCACUGCUGCCAGGUCACUGACGACGGGCUCUUGGCGCUGGCCAGGGGCUGCCCCAGGCUCGUGUUGCUCAACGCCGACGGCAUCUCCAGGAUCACCGACAGGGCCGUGUGCGGUUUGGCCGAGCACCUGGGGCCGCGGUUGGUCUGCCUGGAGCUGGACGGAGAGCAGCUGACGGACGCCUCCUUCGGGGCCCUGCGCCGCUGCAGCCGCCUCGAGACCCUCUCCGUGAGCUACGCAGAGAACCUCACUGACGCCAGCCUCGCCUCCAUCAAGGAGCUGCGGACCCUCCGGCGGCUGAAGCUGCGCAGGGGUCCCCAGCUGACGGCAAGGGGCCUGGGGUCGCUGUUCCGGGGGGGCAGCCUGGGCCGCCUCAUCUCCCUGGAGCUGGACAGUCUGGCGCUGGACGACCAGGCACUUGCCCUGCUGGUCAAGGGCUGCCCGCAUCUCCAGGUACUCUCCCUCCCCUGGUGCUGGGACAUCACGGAAGCGGGACUGGCCACCAUCGUCAACAACUGCCCGAACCUCGAGAGCCUGGUCCUGCUGGGCCUGUACAAAAUCCACGGGUUCUGCCUGGCCGGCCUGGCCGUGAGCAUGCCCAAGCUACGCUACCUGCACCUGGAGCAGUGCAACGAGGUCGUCGACCUCCUCCUGGAGUCCCUUGCCAGAAGGCUGCCCCACCUGAGGGUGUACAACUACUACGGCGAGCUUGUGGGGCCCUUGUACGAGUCGUCCGGCACACCUUCCCUCGAUAUGGAAGCUUCUAAGGACAAAGAAGACAGCGGUGCUGACGACCGCCUGCUACUGCUGUGCUGAUGGCUUCACGACCCCGAUGGUUUUGUUGGAUGUCUUGUUUUUUUGUCCGAGCAUUAUGUUAUACGAAUAAAAUGAGUCUUUCUGUUUAU